AUGUGUAUAAAAAUCUAUUCAAAUUCUCUAUUAAUGAAAAGAAGUAAUUUUAGUACUCUCAAAAAUUUGUUUAACAGUUCAUUUAAUGUUUAUACAAAUAAAUAUAGUGUGUCAUCUAAAGAAUUUUUCAAUGAUGUUUAUUUGAUGAAUAAAAAACUAUUAUAUUAUAUAAAUGAUUAUUUUAAAUUAAAUGAUGAAUCUAAUUAUAAUGUGAAAAAAAUAGGUAGUCUCUUCCCUCCAUGUUACUCUCAACUUAUUUCUAAGUUUUGCAUUUUAAUGAAUAAUUUUGAUUUUAUAUCAAUUCCUACACCAAUAAAAAAAUCAAUACAAAUAAAAGAAAAAUAUGCAUUCUUUUUAUCAGAAAAUAAUACUAGUUUAAUUUUAUGUCAUCCUUUCUAUAAACAUUAUAUAGAAGAAAUAUCUUUUAAUUUACAAAUUCCAUUUUUGAUUUGUUAUGAUAAACCUGAUAUUUUAUCUCAUGAAGAAUAUCUAGAAGAUCUACAAGAAGGAAAAGAAAAUUUCUCUGAAAAAUUUUUAUAUGAUUCAAAAAAAUAUGAAAAAUAUAAGAACAAAGAAAAGGAAUUAUUAAACGAAAUGAAAAAUAUAUAUUUUAACAAUGGAAAGAUAAAAAAUAAAGAAAAAACAAAUGAAAAACAUUUCAUUGAAAAAUGGGAAGAACUAAAAGACAAAAAUAAUGUUUCUAUUCAUCUACAGUUAUCAAAAGAAAAUGAAUGCGAUAAAAGCAUAAAAUUUCUGUUAUCAAAUAUAUUUAAUCAAUCUAAGAAUUUCAAUAAAAUAAUGAAAUUUAAUGAAAAAGAUAAUGUUUUAUUAUGUAUUCCACCAAAUAAUAUACAAUAUUUUGAUAUAAUAUUUAGUGUCAUACAUGCAGGUGGAACUAUUGUAUUUCCUGAAGUAAAUAAAAAUAAAUUAAUAAAUAAUAAUGAUUAUAUGAAAUGGUUUAAAAAUAAUAUGAAAAAAAAAAAUAACAACUUUUCAAUUCAUAAUUUAAUUAUAAAAAAUGACUUUAUUAAUAGUGAUUUUUAUUUCAUCGAUGCUUUAAGCUUAUUUGAAGAAAUACAACAAUCAGAAAAGUUUAUAAGUGUAUUAGUAUGUAACAAUUACUUAAUUCGUGAUUUUAUUUUUUUUUUUGAAAAUUCUGAAAUUAAUAAUAUAACAAAAAAUGAAUUUAUUAAUAAUAAGGCUAGUAAUGUUCGUAUCAUAUUAAUAAAUGGUAAUGAAAUUAUGCCAGGAAUUAAUAAGAAAUAUUUGGAAAAAAUAAAGAAAAUAUUCAUAAACGCAAAAAUAUAUCAGAGAUAUGUAAUACAAGAAAUAGGUACUGUAUGCUUAAUGGAAUUAAGUCAGUUAGAAGAUGAAAAUAUAAAAUAUGAAAGGAAUAUAGCUGGUUAUUUACUACCAGACAUAAAUAUAAAAAUUGAUUCAAAAACAAAUAUAUUGAAAAUUAAAUCAGAUAAUUUAUUUACUGAAUAUUAUAACAACAACAAUGUAACAUCAAAUUCUUUUGAUGAAAAUGGAUUUUUUAAAACAAAAUACAUAGUUUCUAUAAAAGAAGAUUCGCUAUUAAGAAUUGAAGGAAUUCACAAUGAAAUCAAAAAUUUACCAGAAGAGUAUUAUUUGUAUUUUAAACAAAGAAGAGAUAAAAUGGAAAAAUUACCACCUGGUUAUUUGAAAAGAGUUCGUUUACACGGACAAAUAUGGGGUAACUUUCAUGCAAAUAAAAAAAAUUGGAAAAGAAAAUUUUAA